GGGAAAGAUGCAGGGAUAUCUAGGUGUUUUGCGGUCGUACUGUCUACAGUUAAAAAUAUGGUACAAAACUAUAGAUCCAGUUUGACGUGUUCAGUAAACUUAGCCUACACCAUUUGCUCUGGACAUCAAAUGGGUUUACACAACAAGGCCACAUAAGGAUGUCCACAGAUGAUAGCAUCUCUGAGGAUGUGUCUACUUCCGCGGCCUUGAGCCACAACAAUGCUGAUGCCAGCGGGGGAAAGGAAAGCGAGGCUUCCAUCAUCUCCUCGGAGGGCACCCCAUCUGGGCCGACCGGCCUGCAGGAGCGCAGCCCGGUCCGUUCCGUGCGAACUCUUCAGGGUUUCCUCCAGGCUGCUGCGGGGGCUGUGAGGAGCGAAACCCCACCCACACCAGCAAGCAGGAAUUUGUGUCUCAGCCCAGAAGAGUUCAGCUCAGGGAGAAGCUUGCCCUCAAUCAACCCCAGUCCCCUGGAGACUCUCACAGCAUUGGUGCAGGAGAUCCACAACAGCGGGGAAACAGAUCCAGAGCUGUGGAAAGACAGUGAGGGCAGAUGGUUACACCUCUUUAAACUGGUGGAGAAACAGUACCAGGAGCAAAUCCUUGCUCAGCAGGAGCAAUACCAAUGCCAAAUUCAGCUUAUACAGGAUGAAAUCAAGGCUCUAGUCCAGCUUCAGAACAGGCCAAGCGCUGCACAGCUCACUGAAGGCUCGCCUGCUCACACUCCCGGAGAGCCGUCGCUCUCAGACCCUGAGCCGCUGUUGCCGCCACCAUCGCGAGCCCACGCGGCCAGUCCCCAGGGGCCCUGCAAGGAGGGGGCGGCAGCGUUGCUUCUGAGCAGCGGGUACGGGACCCAGUCGGCCUCGGAGCACAGCCUCUGCCGGGGUGAGGAUCCUCGCAGCACAAAUGCGCACCGCGGGGAGGAGGAUGAGAAGCUGCAGCUGUCGUCCUCCCCGCUUGCCUGCAGUGUGCCGCCCUCCCCGCCCGCUUAUAGCGUGUCGCCCUCACUCACUGAGGUGAAAAGGCCGGAGCCUGAGCUGAGCACGCUCAGUGAAACUCCCCCAGGCUCACUGCUCUCCAUCCCUGGCCUCCCUGCUGAUCAGCCGCAAACCAACAGCCAGUCGCUGACCACCUGGGCACAGAGGCAGAAACACAGGCAGCAGAGGAACAGGCUGGCACAGGGCUCUGAGCUGGAGGCACAGCAGGAGCUGCAGAGGGAGCAGAGCUCUGGGGACAGUCCUCCGGCCCGAGCAGACAGUCCAGACAAUAAUCCCCCCGAUAAGGCCAGACUGUCUGUGUCUCUCAGAGACAUCUACCAGAGCAAGCAGAGGGAGGAGACCAGGCACCAUGACAGGGACAAUCCAUUCAGCUCCGCCACAUCUGUCCCACAGGUCUCGACGCUGCACGUGACGCCGUUGACAAGAACGACCAGCUUCACGUCUCCCUUUCGCUGCAGCAGUCCGUCCUUCCCUGCCCAGCUGCAGACUUCCCCUGCUGUGGGUGCUCCCAUCGCCUCAGACUCCACAUCAGAGGGUCCCUCCGGCCAGUACCACGCAGACAACCCAAAGGGUAGCAGUCUCAACGUUCCUGUCAAGAGGACGCCCCGCCAACAUUUGAACAGGAUGGCGACUGCGCCCUGUUGUACCUCCCCCGUGCUCAGCAAAAGUGUCCAGGGCGCCAGUUGUAGACCUUGCAGCAAAGACGAAGCCAGCCGUUCACACCUCACUGCCCCAUCCAGAAUGGACCCCUGGCCGCCUGCUCAAGCAAUGGGCAGUCUGGAGAAGACCUCCUCCCUGGGGGACCCAGUGAUGCUGUCUUUGGCGAGGCAGAGCAUGAAGGAGAAAACUUCUCGCCACAUUGCUGAUCUCAGAGCAUACUACGAAUCAGAGAUCAGCAUGCUGAAAGAGAAAUUAGGCCUAGUGACUCAGCCUCCCAGCUGUGCUAUGAAGGAAACCAACCAGCUUCUGCAGGACAGGUGUGAGAACCUGGAAAAAGGCCUGACAGAAGCCAGAGCCCACAUCCAAGAGCUGGAGGACCAGAACCUCUUACUGGAGAGGCAGUUGGCUGAGUGGCAGGAGCGGUACGACACUGCCAGCGCCACGGUGCAGGUCUUGCAGGAGCGUCUGGAGGAGACCAAGCAGAGCGGCCAGGAAAAAGACGCCACGGCGGACCGGCUUCAGGCUAGACUGCGGCAGCUGGAGGAGGCCUACCAUAAAGCCUACAGAGUCUCUGACGACAAGGACGCCCAGAGGAAGAAAGAACACAAGAUGCUGCAGGACCUAAUUGCCGAGUAUGAGGCCUUGGGAAAAGAUCACACAAGAGUUAAGGAGAAAUUGGCUUCAACCGAGAACAGGCUCUUUGAUGCAAAUGCACAGAUAUCUGAACUGAAGAGGAUUGUCUCCAAACUGGAGUCACAGAUCAAGCAGCUAGAACACGAGAACCUGAAGACACGCCACCUGUCGCGCAGACACUCGCAGCCGGUUGGAGCUGGCAUGUACCACUACCCAGACCUCCUCCUGUCCCCUGGUAAGAACCUGGUGGAGUUAGAGGCCAGCUGCCAGAAGUGGCCAGACCCAUGUCAGCCCCCUGACCAAACUGUGACUGAUACAACAAGGCGCUACUCGCCUCCAGAGAAGGAAGAGACAGAGGGACGGGCCACAUCCAGUGAGCCUGCCAAGAGGGACUCCCUCAUGAUCCCCCUGAUGAAGUCGCUGAUCCAGAUGGAGGAGAUCAGAGCCACAGACGGCCAGGCCCUCCACAGGCCCAACGUCCACAGCCCCUCUAAGAGAGAUGCCUUGAUAGCGCCACUGUCAGCCAAGUCCAGCCCCAAGCGAUGUCCAUCAGAGAACUUCUCCACAGCGUUUGGCCCCUCUUCCACCUGGCAACCUAAUUACCAGCCCGGUAACAGUGGAGGGGGAUCGAUCGGCGGCACCGAGCUGAUGGAGCAGGCGGCGGGGCCGGCCUGGGAGGAGCAGUGGACAGAGGGCAGCGAGGCGGAGCCGCCACCGCCCUCUGAGGCGCCCCUCUCCUACGAGGCGCGGCUUCACUCGCUGGCUGACAUGGAGCGGCUCUUCGACGAGCUGACGCACGAGAAGCAGCAGAUUGAGGCUGCGCUGAGCCGGAUCCCAGGUGCUGGGGGGAGAGUCACCUUGCAAGCCAAGUUAGACGAGGAGGCUCUAGAAGAUCGAUUGGAAAAAAUCAAUAGAGAAUUGGGGUCUAUCCGUAUGACUUUGAAGAAAUUCCAUGUACUACGGUCCUCUGCCAAUAUAUAGCAAUCUCUGUGCUGCUUAGUAUUAGGAGAUGCACUGUCUUUGUCAUAUAUGGUGUUCCUUAUGCCUCCCAAUCAAUACCCUUUGCAUAGGAACCGUCUUGUACAUGUGCAAAGAAUAUUUCUACCUUUAUUAUGGUAUGGUGUAUUUUAUAUGUUUUAUUACAGAAUA